AUGUCGAGGCACCAGUCAUUCCUUCAUUUCACGCUCAUUCUCUUGUCGUGUUCACCCUCAGGUCUCACCGCGCCUGUCGUGUCCCUGGCAUCUUCCUUGGUCUCCCGGGAAAUGUCUCUGGAGCCUCCGACUGUAAUCUUAUCAGUCAACAGUAACAGCGACGUCACUAGCAGCAGUACUCCCGCCGCAACCGGUGCGGCCGUUGUACCCAGCGUUGUCUCUGCAUCCUUGUCUGCGACCCUGUCAGCCACUGACAUAGAUUUUGCUGAAGCGUCUCCUACCUGGACGAUCACGACGGAGUCCAUCCUCACUAUCACAGACGUCUCUGGCACUGCUUCCCCCACACCUGACCCAUCAACUACUCCCGUUGCGUUGGAUGUCGUGGCUAUGGCGUCUGAGUCUGCGUCGACCUCUGCUCAAGUAGACCUGGUAGAUAUUUCUACAGCGAUGCCUACACCUACACAGGCACUAUCGUUAACUUUGACACCGACACCGGAGACAUCAUCCUUCACACCGACCACGCUUUACCUUCCCGCUACUUCGGUGCCUCCGCUAUCUCAGGAUGUAGUUUCCUCCUCUUCUGCAUCCUUGUCAGCCGCAAUUUCUGGUACAUCCUACGCGCAGUUUUCAGGCGUCAAGUACCUCUCGUCUGGCUUAUCCGGACCCACCGCCAUCACCAACCCGAACCCGAGCUCAGCAGCUCAAGGCACUUCCAGCCAGCAGGCCCGCAAGUCCGCGCUCGUCGCCGCCUUCGUGACGCUCGGGUCGUUGACAGCGCUGGGUGUCUGCAUUCUCUGCCUGCGCUGCAAGAUCGUUUCGCGCGUGCGGCGGCUUAGGCGGGAGAGCAACCGACCGUCCUCAGUGCUGACGAUCGAGGAUGGUUUCCAGCCCAAGUCUAUCCUUAUCAACCGCGAGAAAGAUAGCCUCAUACCGGGCCCUGCCCCUCAGGCCGUUACGCUGCAACCGUUCUCACCGAGCACCACAUGUUCGGACGGUCCCCCUACGCCACGUCCGCUCGACUGGGCGCUUUUCGCGAUGAACAACGAGGGUCCCUUUGAAGAUGUGACGCACGUCCUCUCCACCUCCGCACCACGCGACGGCGCCGUCUCGCGCUUGUCUGAGGCAAGCACGACGACGCGCACGAGUGGCGGCGCCAGCCUCGCCGCGGAGUCGUACAUGACGUGCGAGUCACGAUACUCGAGCCCGAGUGUCGAGCGCCGCUCGCAGGACAGCACCGCCGCGGCACGCGGCUCGGGCGAGUCCAUGGCGCUCUCGUUCGCGUUCCCUUCGCAGUCACUACCGCCGUCGGAACCCCUGCGCGCCCCUGAAGCGUCCACCGGCGCACUUGCUGUCCUGCCUGCAGUGAACCUGGUGGGGCAGAAGGCGCUCCAUGUUCCGUCGUUGGCGCCCUCGGAGGAGCUCGUCCUUGCGGGCUCGGAGUGGGACGUCGCAGAUGCAUAUGGCGCACGCAGUAGCGGAGCGAGCUCCGUCCUCAACGAACCUGAGGAACAUAUGGAGACCGUUGAGAUCGGCGGGAGACUGUGUGUGCUAGUGCAGGGGAUCUAG